AUGCUGACGCUGGUUUUCACGCUGCUGGCGAUCCUGGUGUCAGCCGCGGGCUUCUUCUACGAGGUUGAGACGACGUAUGGUGACAGGUACCCAGAUCUUACGUUUGCCCAGUCCCUCUACUGGUCUGCCGUCACAGUCACCACCAUCGGCUACGGGGACUUCUCCCCCUCGCUUCUUGCGAGCCAGAUGGCGCUAUUUGCGAUGCUCAUCGUGACCUUCACGCUGCUGCCCUUCCAGUCCAGUGCGCUGGUGACAGCUCUCAGCCUCAGCAGCCCCUACCAGCGCGCCCGCUACUCCCAGUCCAAGCGGGGCCGCCACGUGGUGGUCGCGGGCCACCUGGACUGUGCGGUGGUGGAGCUGCUGGUCUGCGAGCUGUACGCGGCGGACUACGGCUUCCAGGACUUCAACCUCGUGCUGCUCACCGACGCGGCCCCCGGCGACGCCAUGCAGCGGCUGCUCAAGACGCACCCGCAGGCCCACAGGCUCAUGUACGUGCAGGGCUGCCCCCUCAACGACGAGGUGCGGCUGGGGGUGCGUCCUGACAAGACUGGUUCAGGGUUUAGGAAUGAGGGUUCUCCGUGCCGCGCGACGCCGCACGUGCUGUCGAGCGGCGCACGCGGCGGAGGGGCCGACACCCUGGGCGUGUGCGGCGCUCGUGCCUGCGAGGCUGUGCCGCGGGCGCCCGGGAGCGACCCCGGCCCCUUGACCUUUCAUAUGGGCUGCGAGGAGCGCCUCGGAGCCGCCCCCGAUGCACUCGCACGGGCUGUCGCAUCCCUGUACCGAAUCACCACUUUGUAUCAAUAA